AUGUCCGACCACGAAGUCAACCUCAUCGAGGACCUGAUGCAGCAGUUUUUUGUCAUCUUCAAGGGCCCCAAGGAUACCCCAUACGCUGGUGGUACAUGGAAGGUCAGGGUGGAGUUGCCUGACCAGUAUCCGUUGAAACUGCCUUCGAUCGGCUUCGUCAACCGUAUCUACCAUCCUAACAUCGACGAAUGUUCAGGAUCGGUGUGUCUUGACGUGAUAAACCAGACGUGGUCGCCGAUGUUCGGGCUCUUGAACAUCUUUGAGAACUUCUUGCCCCACUUGUUGCGGUACGCCAACCCCAGCGACCCGCUCAACCUGGAGGCGUCGAACUUGAUGAACAAGGAUGAGUCUCGUUACACAGACAUGGUGAAAAAGUACGUGCAGCAGUAUGCCCUGGAGGAUCUUCUGACCAAGGAGGGGGAGAACUCCGAGGAGGAGAACGAAGACGACGAGUUGAGCGAUGUUGGCAGCUUGUCGGACGACGACGACUGA